ACUAUACUUCCAAACCAAAUCUACCUUCAUCAUUUCACACUUUUUUUAAGCUUAUAAAUACUCUGCAAACACAUUCAUCUUAUUAGGAACCACUUGAGAAGGUCCCAAAAAACCAUUUCAUACAGCUGUCAUUUCAUUUCAUUGAAUCUCUCAUUCUCCAUAUGUCUUUGAACCUAACUUGCAACAUUCAUGCUAUCCACACCCCCUUCUUAACUCAAUCACCACAUUCCUCUAUCCUAAUUCCACACUUUGCCUGUGAUUAAAACCUUGUUGAGAUACAAACCAAUACAAAAAAUCAUGUAAAUUAAACUUUUUGUGAUUUCAUUGGAAUUUUUACUCUUUUCCUUAACCUUGUUUGGUGGGAAAAAAAAAUCAAAUACUAUGGAGGAGACUUUUGUGCCUCUUGAAGGUAUCAAGAAUGAUCUAAGAGGAAGGUUAAUGUGCUACAAACAAGAUUGGACAAGUGGAAUCAAAGCAGGUGUAAGGAUUUUGGCUCCUACAACAUACAUAUUUUUUGCUUCUGCAAUACCUGUUAUUUCAUUUGGUGAACAGCUUGAGAGAAACACUGAGGGUGUUUUAACAGCUGUUCAAACGUUGGUGUCAACUUCGAUAUGUGGCAUUAUACACUCAAUCAUUGGUGGUCAACCUUUGCUGAUUUUAGGUGUGGCAGAACCUACUGUGAUCAUGUAUCAGUUCAUGUUCAAUUUUGCUAAAGAAAGACCUGAGUUGGGUAGGAAGCUGUUUCUUGCAUGGACUGGAUGGGUAUGUGUUUGGACUGCAUUGAUACUAUUCUUACUGGCCAUCUUAGGAGCAUGUUCCAUCAUCAACAGAUUUACCCGAAUCGCUGGCGAGUUGUUUGGCAUGCUUAUCGCAAUGCUUUUCAUGCAGCAAGCUAUCAAAGGACUCGUGGAUGAGUUUCGCAUUCCGAAGAGAGAAGAUACGAAAUUGAUUGAGUUUUUACCGUCGUGGAGGUUUGCUAACGGGAUGUUUGCUUUGGUCCUUUCAUUUGGCCUUCUCCUCACUGCAUUAAAAAGCAGAAAAGCUAGAUCAUGGCGUUAUGGCAGUGGUUGGCUUCGUAGUCUUGUAGCCGACUAUGGUGUGCCGCUUAUGGUCCUAGUUUGGACAGGUGUAUCCUACAUACCAACUGCAAGUGUUCCAAACGGUAUCCCAAGACGCCUCUUUAGUCCGAAUCCGUGGUCGCCCGGUGCCUACGACAAUUGGACCGUUGUUAAGGAUAUGGUUCAAGUUCCCGUUGUUUUCAUAAUCGGAGCAUUUAUACCAGCAACUAUGAUCGCCGUGCUUUAUUACUUCGAUCAUAGUGUCGCAUCUCAGCUUUCUCAGCAGAAAGAGUUCAAUUUGAGAAAACCAUCUUCUUACCAUUAUGAUUUACUUCUUUUGGGAUUUUUGACGUUAUUAUGUGGCCUUAUUGGAAUUCCUCCGGCAAAUGGAGUCAUACCGCAAUCUCCGAUGCAUACGAAAAGCCUCGCAACUCUUAAACAUCAGUUGCUUCGUAACAAACUCGUGAUAACCGCCCGAAAAAGCAUCGGUAAGAACGCUAGUUUAGGACAGUUAUAUGGUAACAUGCAAGAAGCAUACCAUCAAAUGCAGACACCUCUUAUUUACCAGGAUCCUUCCGCUCGAGCUCAAGGACUAAAAGAACUAAAAGAAACAACCAUUCAAGCAGCUACAAGUAUGGGAAGCGUGGACGCCCCAGUCGACGAGUCUAUAUUUGACGUCGAGAAAGAAAUAGACGACCUGCUACCUGUUGAGGUAAAAGAACAACGCGUCAGUAACUUGCUUCAAUCAGUAAUGGUUGGAGGAUGUGUUGCAGCCAUGCCUAUUCUCAAGAAAAUCCCAACUUCAGUACUUUGGGGUUACUUCGCUUUCAUGGCAAUUGAAAGUUUACCUGGAAAUCAGUUUUGGGAAAGGAUCUUGUUACUCUUCACCGCACCGAGCAGAAGAUUCAAGGUGCUUGAAGAUUACCAUGCUACUUUUGUCGAAACAGUUCCUUUCAAAACAAUAGCGACAUUCACGAUAUUCCAAACCAUUUAUCUACUGAUAUGUUUUGGACUAACUUGGGUACCUAUUGCUGGAGUCAUGUUUCCUUUGAUGAUCAUGCUCUUAGUUCCGGUUCGACAAUACUUUCUUCCCAAAUUCUUCAAAGGUGCCCAUCUUCAAGACUUGGAUGCAGCGGAAUACGAAGAGCAAACCGCGUUACCAUUCAACCUUGCAUCGCAAUCUGAGUUUGGAGCUGGCGUUUCUCAUAUCGGAGAAGGUGAGAUAUUCGAUGAAGUUAUCACUAGAAGCCGUGGCGAGUUUAGGCAUACUAUUAACAGUCCAAAGAUCAAUAGCUCUACUCCAACACCGAGAAGUGAUCCUAAGAGCCGACUUAGCCCGCGCAUCUCUUUUAAUUCUCGGGCAGGGGAACUCACGACAGAACAAAGUCCUCGGUCGGGCGCAAGAGGACCUAAUAGUCCGAUAAUGCCUAGAGAGAUGAGGUUGUCGAAUAGGGGAGUAAGUCCUCUCAAACCUGACUCAAAACAGCAAGGCAAAAAAUGAUUGAUGUGGUUAAAGACUUGUUACUUGUGUUUAUUAAUGUGAUUAUAUUUGUGCAAAUGUAUAUCAUCAUCAAGUUUGUUUCAAAUUUCAAUUCAAUAAAUGAUGACUAGUUUGAGUCUUGUAAUAGUUUGGAUCAUGUACAUCACUUCUGAUGAGUUUAUAUAGCUUUUGUAAUUUUCAUACUUA